CUUAGACAGGUACAAAGGUGUAUGGAAUCUGGAUGCUGGCGAGCUAGCGGUAGUGCUGACAGGAUCACUUUCACGCUACUUAUACAAGUCAAACCCAGAGACUUAGAACACAUCAAGCCUCGACUUCCAGUACUAGUGACGAGGUAAUCUCCUCUUCUUCUCAAUGACUUCCUCCGCAAACACAAAGGCGCCGUCAUUUAUGCCGACCUAUACGAAGGUAUGGCACACGAAAGUACACCCAACGAUAUCUCCAACCAGACCGGAAAACUCAGCCAAAAACAAGGUAGUGGUUAUUACAGGAGGAGGGAUAGGCACCGGGGCUGCUAUCGCCAAAGCAUUUGCCGAAGCAGGAGCAAAAGCAGUUGGACUCAUUGGUCGACGUGAGAAUCAUCUCAAGACCAGCGCAGAAACACUGUCCUCGAUUUCCACUUCGAUUAAGAUCGAGUAUGCUGUGGCAGACAUCACAGACAAAUCAGCGCUAGAAAGCGCAUUCGAGAAGUUCGAAGGCUCUUUGGGCAAGAUCGAUGUGCUUGUAUCCAAUGCGGGGUAUUUAUCAGACAUCGUCCCUCUUCAAAAGGCGGACGACGAAGAUUGGUGGAGAGGGUUCGAAAUCAACGUCAAAGGGACGUUUAAUGUGAUCAAAUCCUUUCUGUUCCAUGCUGGAUCGAACGCUGUCUUCCUGGGAGUGAACGCCGGUCUCGCUACAAGUUCAGAGCCUCCAGGAUUGUCGAGCUAUAUUUCUUCCAAGAUAGCUUGUGCAAGAAUGCUUGAAUGCAUGCAAGCUGAACAUCCCGAGAUCAGAGUAAUAAGCGUACAUCCAGGAGUGGUCGAUACUGCGAUGACUGAGAAGACCAAAGUACCUCCAAUGGACGAUGCCAGCCUUGUUGCAGGUCUGAUGGUGUGGCUUGCUGGUCCGGAAGCUAAUUUCAUGAAGGGAAGAUUCAUGUGGGCCAAUUUCGAUAUUGAUGAGUUGAAGGAGCGUGCUGCCGAAAUCGAAAAAGGGAAUGAGCUGCGGCUGGGUUUGCUAGGUUUGACACCGCCAGAAAUGUUCUUCAAAAAGUGAAGCUGUGAGUCGACGACUGGGUAUCGUGUUGAGAAUUGCGUCGU